CUGCGGCCGGACCCCCACAGCACAGCGGAGGCAGCGCUCCCACCAUGAGGGCCGCCCACAGAGACGCGACGCCGGUGCUCAAGGUGCUGGCAGUGCUGGCGUGCUGCAUGUCAGCGGCCAGCGGCCACCAGCAGCAGCCGUUCUACGUGUACACGCCGCCGGCGCCGAAACAGCACCACGUGCAGGGGGUCCAGCCUUUGGCGCUGCAGGUCCAGGGGGUGCAGCUGUACCCCGUGCAGGUGGCAGCGGCCGCAGCUCCUGCCGCGGUGGGCGUCGGCGCAGUCCAGUACCCAGCUGGAGCCGCCGUUCCUGCCGCAGUCGGCACUGUCCAGUACCCAGCUGUCCCUGCCACAGUCGGCGCGGCCCAGUACCCAUCUGUUCCUGCAGCGGUCGGCGCGGCGCAGUAUCCAGCGGCCGCGCCCCUUUACCCAGCGGGUGCUCCUGCCACGGUCGCCACUGCCCAGUACCCUGCCGCAGCGGCCGUCCCGGCCUACUCCACCCCCGUGGUCGCGCCCGCUGCGGCCCCCGCAGCAGCCGUGCAGCCGGUGGUGGUCCCGUACGCUGCGAGCGCCACCUCGACCGCCACGGUGCACGGCGGCACGCCCUUCAAGCUGCUCUUCUCACGCUUCCCGCCCCUGCUGGAGGGCUUCGUGCAGCGCAUGCAGAACUACUUCUCCACCUACAACCACCCCACCACUGUGCUGUUCCCGGCGCCUGCGCCUGCGCCUGCGCCUGCUCCCGCCCCCGCACCACUGCCGUUCCCCAUUCCGCUUCCCGCCCCCGCCCCCGCUCCCGCCCCUGCUCCCGCCCCCGCGCUGCCUCCGGCGUUGCCAGCAGUCCCCGUGGUCCCCGUAGCGCCUGCAGCGCCAGUUUUCCCACCGCAGCCGGAUUUCCCCGCCGCCUCCGACGAGGAGGCGUCAGCUGCUGCCACGACGACCACCACCGAGGCGCCUACGACGACCACCACGACACCAGCGCCCACUACCACCACCACGACCACGACCACCACUACGACUACACCGCCACCCCCUCCCCCACCUCCCCCACCGCCGCCACCACAACAGCCGGAGAACGGCGGGUUCGACUUCGAGUCUGCAGGGGGCGGCGGCGUCGGUGAUGUGGCCAGUGGAGGGUACUCUUACGAGCCUCCGGCGCGCAACCCCUUCAACUACCCAAUCAGGCCCAGGACUUUCAGGCCAAACCAGCCGCAGGGGGGACGCGGGCGAUACUUCUACAACAGGCGGUGACCACGGCUCAAGAAUGAAUUACUACAUGAACUAUGCUGCAAGCCCACGCUGUGAUCUGAUAACCGUUAUAUCGAUACCUGCUAUUUACUGAUACUAAAACUAGUUACUGUUCAGGAAUUCUCCUCCACAGGCUAACCCUCCAGAAAAAGGGUCAAUAUUCCGGACGUUUUUCGUGGACAGAGGGUAUCAGUAGCAUCUAAGCCAGAUAGACGGAGUGAUAUUUGUCUUUAGGCUGCUUAACUGCAUUACCACUACCACCCUUCUGAGAACACCCAAAAUUUUGCUGUGAGGGAAAUGAAAAUAACAAAAAUAUUCGAAGCUAAAUGGAGAGGAAGAAACGAUGGUCUGAAGUACAAAUUGGAUGAGGUAUUGAAAUACGGACAUGAUUAAAGGCAGGUUAGAAAGUUUCCUUCUGCGUAACAGCUUAGAUGUUAGCUUCCUUCCCUUACAAAAAGAAGUGAUAUGUUUUCUGCGUCAUUACCUAAUAUAGAGGGCAACUCUCCUGCAAAACUGUUUCAUGCACUCUGUCUCAUCAUUAAAAAAAACUAUCUAGGGAGAGAUGUGAAAGUAGUCUUCUGCUUCCGCGAUCAUUUUCAACAAAACGUUCCAGGAAAUAUGACAAAAUCGUCUUGUCGUUUACUGUAAAUAAGUCACCCUGAUGAAGGCCACUUCCAACAGCGACCGAAACGUUACUUUUAGAAACAACAUGACGCAGCGGUCGCAGACCCGCAAACCUUUUAUUGAAGAUCUUGAUUAUUGUUGUCAACAACCCUUGAGUAUUCUCCUUGACAAAGACAUCGCUGAACCCAGGGGCUCGCUUCCCUGCGGCCCAGUUUGGCUGGUGAAUAUGCUACUUCAUGAAUCAAUGUAUCCUAUGACGUUUCACAAUGGUGUCAUGCCUCUGUGAAAACACAGAACCAUGAUGAACAACUGCCUUUCAUUUCCAUGGUUUUAGCCCAAUCUAGAAAAAUAUGUAUCUGGGAUGACCUUCCGUUUUGUCACUACCAGAAGAGCGAAGUACCCAGAUGGGUUUCAUUCCUUAUUCCUUUACGUUCUUUUCCAACACAGAAGGAGAAAGACUAACUCUAAAAGAUGAUGCUGUGAGCUGCGUUUAUAAAUUUGUUCCCUGUGUACAUUACUGACUUCUGUCUGCUGUCAUCCUAAGUAGUACUAUGGUACUUGCCAAACUGCUGUAAUUGGCGCCAGGUGCACCAACACUCGAUCGAACAGUACAUAAGGAAAGAACUACUGUCACCAUCAUUAUUGGCAAGUUAAAGGAGAACGUAAAUAACAAUCCAAAUCUGUGAUCUAAGCUAAAAAGCUUUCCUGGAGCAAUAUAUUGCAGAAACUUUUCUAAGCAUCUAUUAAGUUUUGGUUUUCGCUCUCACAGAUAGUAUUUACACAACGAAUGUUACUGAAAUCUAUUGCUCGUAGAACCUGAAGAACGUGCCUGGGGCAAACAUGAAACGUGUAAUUCGGCUAAAUACCAAACAAAUUCUCUCUUGUGAAAACUGUGAUAUUCAUUAACCGUUUCCUCGAAAUAGCUGGGAAGAAAUAGUUCGCUAUGCAUUUAUCAGAUACCUUCACUUUGGUGAGCGCAGUGAAUAAAAAGAAACCAAAAUGCCGCCUUACUAUUUUCCCCCACAUUUAGAUAAUCGAAUGCAACUGUUUGCUACACACACACACACACACACACACACACACACACACACACACACACUGUUAUUGAACUUUUACACAGCCCUACAUUAAUCAAUAAGUGAAACUGCAAUUGCUAUAAACGAACUCAGAUUCAUUCCCUGUUGAAGUACUGUAGCAACAGCUUUCAUUUUCAUUUUACGAAUUGCAGAAUGUACCUCAUAUAUUAUAAUGGAUGCUGUGCCUCAUGAAAUUACUUUGAGUUUCAGGAAGUCAUUCUGCUAACUAAUCAGUAAUAAAAGAGGAAUGUUUAAUCAGCCAUUUAGUGAUAUACACGAACGGUAGAUCGUCCCAGCAUUGAUAAAAUAAUCGUUGUGGCCUACAGGCUACUUGUAAUAAGACCUGUGUAGCAGAAUGAAUACGUGACGGCUAAUUCAUUUUGUAUAUCAGUUGACAAUUGAGACGAGACAGCUAAAUUCCAUCACCUUCAUUAUCGCUGUCACCCUUCUGAGAACAUCCAAAAUUUUGCUGUGAGAGAAAUGAAAAUAACAAAAAUAUUCGAAGCAAAAUGGAAUGGCAAAAAUGAUGGUCCGAAGUACAAAUUGGAUGAGAUAUUUGAAAUAUUGUCGAUGAUGUACAUUCGUUUUGAAAGCCGCAGACAAACAUUUUCUUUAUGUUUCUUUUUCUUUAAAUAAUGUUUACUAACUGACUUCUAUAUAACGUUCUACUACUAUACGACGUUUCAUUUGGUGUUUCUCGUUACUGUCACUUUUCAGAACAUUCGGGUAAUAUCAGGGUGACUUUUAAGGCAAUAAAUUCCUGUAUAUACCUAGAGGUGGGUUUCUUUGUUGACGUGGAAGGAAGAGAAUCAAGCAACACAAAGCCAGAGAGUUUGCUUGCCUGCACAGCAAUAUAAAUAUACUAUUUUUAAAGGCAAAACUCAGUUUUAGCUAAUCAGUGUGCGUUUGAUCGACGCUUUAGCGCUUGUGAUCGAAUUAAUCCAGUUAUUCCUAAUCUGAUAGCAACUGCAACAAGACAUGUUAUUUCUCUAAAAUUCACACUGCAAAUAUGCUGUGAAUAUGGUAUUAAUAGCUGACGCUUUAUCUAAUCAUAAGUAUCACAAAACGAAUGAUUAUUCAUGUACUGGGUUCCUCAUUUGUUACGUAAACUAUUAAUCGUAAGUGUGAUGUUUCGUAAGAUCUGUAUGUAUAUGUGAAAUGUAAAUAAAAACGUAUUUAAUUACCUAAUA